GGGACGUGCUGCCGACCGCAGUACCAGAAGCUCUCCGAGCGGCUGUUGACGUCGCUGCCGCUGAAGGUCUAUAUUGGUACAAACGAGAUAGCGGCUGCACAACACGCGACCUUGGACUCACAUGCCAACGUUCCUGGCUAUCCUUUCGCAUUGCUUCAGUUCAAAGCCUACAAGCAGAAGGACCUCACCAGCAGCGACGUCGAGGCUCUCCGCGUCGCAGUCAACAAGCUCAAAGAGAACCCCGAUUUGGUCGCGAGGAAGGACUUAGAGUUCCUGCGAGACUGGUUGGCCACCGCACCUGCCGCUGA